CCAAGGACGUAACCUUCUUCCUUCUUUUACUCCAGUGUUGUGAUUCGUUCUCGUAGUUUGAAACAAGGCUCAUUCAAUCCUGUAUCGUUCAAUAUUUCGUUGAAUUUGUCGACAAAAAACAUGUAAUAACAACAGAAUGAAGAAUUGGAAGUACACUCAUUCUAUAGAUAACGCAAUUUCUCAGUGAAUUGUAUACUGUGUAGUUUCUGUCGAAAAGGUUCGCCCCCACCAAAUCGAUACUCAUAUCCUUGGACCAGCAGCUCUCCUUAGUGUCGACUGGGAGAAGGACCUAGUUAGUUAACCGGUGUGGCUAUGCGGACUCCCGCCUGUUGACAUUGUGAUUUAGUCGUACGAAAAUGCCGGACCCCGAGUGCCUCAUCCGGUUUGAUAACAAUCCGUACGGUGUGUACCUGGCUGGUCAAACACUAGCCGGCCAGGUGGAGCUUCGUUUGACGGAGGUACUCAGCAUCGUAGGUAUAAGCCUCCAGCUGGAUGGACACACCGAGAUCGAGUGGUCGGAGGUUAUGGAAUCGACGGUGGCAGGCCAAACGGGACGUAAAACGACCCGGUACUACGCCCAAAAGACCUUGCUCAAUUCGAGCAGCUUCCUGUGCGGUUCAUCCGCUGGCCCGGUGCGCGAACUCGCCAUCGGCACGCACACCUAUCACUUCUCCUGCGAGCUACCCUCCCACCUGCCCACGGCUUUCGAGGGUUACCAUGCACGCAUCCGUUAUUUGGCCCGCGUGGCCGUGCACCGCUCCAAACGUCGCAGCUCGGGUGGUGGUGGUGGUGGCAUUACCGAUCGAAUCGGCCAAACAAGCUUCACCGUAUUGCGGCCGUUGAAUUUGAACGAGCUCGAUGGUACGGUGCUGGCGCUGCCAGCGAAGAGUGAGCUGACCAAGGUGUUCUGCUGUGGUCCCUGCUCCUCGGAACCCCUUUACAUAUCGGCCCAGAUACCACGCUGCGGCUACAUACCGGGUCAAACGAUUGUGAUGAAGAUUGAUGCCAUCAACCGGAGCCGCACGCGGGUUCACGAGUUCCGCAUCAAGCUGAUGCAGAAACUCAGUUACACCAGCCAGCAUCCAACGGUGGCCAGCCGGACCGAUGCGCUCGUAGUGGCCGAAUCACGCUGCUCGGGCGUUACCUCAGGGGAGGUGAUCAAACAUCAACAGAACCUGCUCAUACCUGCGCUUCCUCCAACGUAUACCGAUGGGGUACCGAUCUUCAGCAUCAACUACGAGUUAGAGGUGGAGGCCCGGGUUACCGGACCGAACAUUAGUCCGCGUCUGUCGAUGCCGAUCACGAUCGGUACGAUCGCACUGGAAACAGCGGCACCGAAGGAAAUACUGAAGCCUCUGAACAAACCAUCAUGGGAUCCGUUUGGUGCACAGCACUACACGGACAUCAUCGGGACUCGCAUCAUACCACAUCCGCUUAGCAAUGGGGCAGCAGCAGCACGCCGGUCGCAGAUGAGCUUGGAUGAACAGAACGGUGGAGGAACCCCCGUUGGGGCAACCAACGUCCGGCUACAUUACGUCGUACACCGUGAUGCGCCAGAUAACCACUAGCCAUCGCGCUGUCUACUAUCUUGCACCGCAGCAUCACUGGGCUAAUAUCGACGUAAUUGCUUACAGUAUUCGAAGAGGAACAGGAUCGCACGAUCAAAAAAAACAUAUUAACAUGCCACGCAAAAGGAUAACGGAGUACAAAAAGAGAACAAACGGCAAUUGCAAUUGUGCGCACGUUGCCUCGCCGCUUUUUCGGUAAAUAACGCUUAUGAUAGUAGGUAUACACACGCACUGGUGCACACGCAUUAUUGUCUUGCACAACUUCUUAAAACUACAGAUACCACACACUGCUGAUGUACUAUUUUUGUUUUACGGAAGCAACCGAGAGCAAAGCAAACUCUUAUCACUCGCUGUCUAUUGCUUAUAUACCGAUGUACCACUGACGACGCGGGUCUAUGCACAUUCCAGUCCUUCGCCAUCGCGCGUUUAAAAGGACGAUUUGCGUGGCCGCAGCGACAAAGGUAGAGAAAGCGAAAAAAAAAGUGGCUGGAAUGGCUUGUUUUAUCGAAAAUCAAAUUCCUAACAUAACUAUCGCCGCGUGAACACGGCACGGCUGGCUAUCGCAUCAAUCAAUUUACACUUUUUAGGCAAGUUCACCGAUGAGCAUAAGACGCCGGUUUGUUGGGAUAAUGUACGCUUUUUAAAGUGGCCAGCAACAGAUAUUAAGCAAAACAAAACCAAACAAAAAAAAACCUCCGCUAAACUACCUCAA